CCAAAACCACAACGAACCCGUCUUCACUCUCUCCUCACUCCUAUAGCCACCCACAAGAAGGACAUUACAAAGAACCUCCCAAAGAAUCCCCAAUUCACUCCCGAGGGAAUGCCGAUAAUAAACCGGAGCAAGCUGACACAAACGACUAUGAUAAAGCAAAUCUUGAAGAGGUGUGCGAGUUUGGGGAAAAAACAGAGCAGUGAGUAUAACGAAGAAAAUGAACAUGAUGGAGACUCUCUUCCUCAGGAUGUUCCCAAAGGUCACUUCGUUGUCUACGUAGGAGGGAAUCGGGUCAGGUACGUCUUACCCAUUUCGUUUUUGACCCGAGCCGAGUUUCAACUUCUUCUACAACAAGCUGAGGAAGAGUUUGGUUUCGAUCACAACAUGGGUCUCACUAUCCCUUGUGAGGAAGUAGCUUUCAAAUCUCUCAUCAUUUCUAUGCUUCAAUCAACAUAUAUUUAGGGUUUUUAUUU